AUGCCUUCUGCAACGUCGACCUCUAACCUCCGUAAUGUGGGUGACAAAGGCCGGGAGCAGAUAUACCGCGAUAACUCGCACCAUGUGCUCGUCAACAACGAGGCCCUAGCGGCCAUGAAGCGUGUGCUGAACCGUGAGCCGACCUGGGCAUGUAUUGGCGUGAGGCGCCUGGGCGAUGACGAUAUGCGAGUUGAGAUCGAGGUUGUUGCGCAUAACUCUGCGUGA